UUGUGGAAGGCCCGACCUGCCACUGCCAUAUAUAUAUCACAGUGAUCUUGUGAUCACCUCAAAACUCUGUGAUGGUUCCGUCACUCAACAUUGUUGUGGUGCUUCUCGUCUCAGCUUCGGCGGAAACUUUCGACAACAACUUUGGUCAAGUUGUGUUCUCCCAUGUGCUAUUUCGACAUGGAAGUAGAAUGCCACUGGAAUUCUACCCAAAUGAUCCUUAUAAAGACUCUUCAAACUGGCCUUUCAAAGUUGCUCAACUAACAGAUAUGGGCAAAAAGCAAGAGUUUGAGUUGGGACAGUGGCUGCGACGUAGAUACGACUCGUUUAUCAGUGACUUUUACAAUCCAGAGGAGGUCUACGUUCAGAGCACGGACGUUGACCGUACAUUGAUGAGUGCAGAGUGUCUAAUGGGAGGUCUAUAUCACUCCAACAAGACUGUACAUAGUUGGGAACCAGUACCUAUACAUACGGUGCCUGGUCCCAGUGACUGUAUGCUGGCAGCCACUGCGACGUGCCCUUGUCCUGCUUACAACAUGGAGGUCGACAGAGUGCGCAACCUUCCUGAGGUUCAAGCCCUGGAGAACAAGUUCCAAGAUAUGUAUGACUACGUGUCCAACCACACCGGCAACCAAGUGAGGGACUUUGGAGGCGCGAUCAAAAUCUACGACGCACUCUCCAUAGAGGAGGAAUACAACAAGACUAUUCCAGAAUGGGCCCGUUCUAUUUAUCCAGAACCCAUCAGGACGGCUGGGUUGUACAGCUUUGUCCUGCCUACUUGGACCACAAAACUUCAGAAGUUUAAAAUAGGACCCCUUCUCAAGGAGAUGGUGGGACAUUUCCAAGCAAAGCGCAGUGGAUCCUUGUCACCAGAUCGGAAGGUUUGGUUCUACUCCGCUCAUGAUGCAACCAUUUCAGCUUUCCUCAACACUCUCAAAGUCUUUGAUAUUCACUUCCCUCCUUUCUCAGCCUGUGUUAUUGUGGAACUGCGAAAAAAGAGUGAAGAAUAUUUUGUCACGUUGGUCUACCGUAACAGCACAGUCAGUGAGCCCCAGCUGUUGCCUAUCAAGACCUGCAGCACUCUGUGUCCUCUAGACCAGUUUAUCGGGCUGGUACACCCUCUGCUGCCUGACGACUGGGUUCAGGAGUGCCAACUGGUUGAGGAAUUGACAGUAACUUAUCUCUGGCUUUUUGCAAUUGCAGCUGUGAUUGUCUUUCUGAUCUUGGUUACAACUCUUCUGAUUGUUUACUGCAAAAAGAGGAAAUGCUCCGGAACCUAUCUGACAAUGCCCUACCCUUACCAAGGCGGAGGUGUCAAAAACAACCCUUAUCUUCAUCAGGCUUUUACUUAUAAUUUGCCUAAGUAAAAUCACACAGUCACAAUAUAAUGUAUUGUACGGAUAUGAAUUAAGUUAAAAUCCACUUCAAAU